GGUCCUGUAAGCACAGAACAACCACAGGGCUGCUCUGCAGGAGGAGGUUCCUACAAUAUAGAAACAUUUCAGUUAAUAUCUUCCAUUUAACAGAAUUUUCCUGAUUGACCCAUCAGGGAUAGGAACAGAGACAAGAUGGCAGAGAUGAUAAUAAAUCUCAUUCUAGAGAUACUCUUCCAACUUACUGGAGAGGAUUACACGGUGGUGAAGAAGACCUCUAGUGAGCGCUGUCAGGCUCCUGUGUCUGAAGGAUGUGGAAGAACCCUGAGCCCAAUCACAGGGCCUUCACUUCACUCCAUGAUACAUGAGGAAAUCAAUGUACAAAAGAUCCUAGAUCUCAUCCACAAGAUGAUUGAGCUGCUGACUGGAGAGGUUCCUAUAAGGUGUCAGGAUGUCACUGUCUAUUUCUCCAUGGAGGAGUGGGAGUAUGUAGAAGGACACAAGGAUCUGUACGAGGAGGUCAUGAUGGAGGACCACCAGGCCCUUAAAUCAUCAGGAAGAUCUGGUAAGAGAACAACACCAGAGAGAUGUCCAAGUCCUCUUCUUCCACAGGAUCAUCAGCUUUUAAAUGCGGAUAAAGAUGUGAGCAAUAUUAAUUCUACAGAGACAUAUGUAAGGGGUGAUGACGAGAGUAAGGAAGAAAUUCCUACAGAGACAUAUGUGAGAGAUGAUGAAAAAUAUAAAAAGGAAUUUCCUACAGAUACAUAUGAUAGGGGUGAUGACCAGUGUAAGGAAGAAAUUCCUACUGAUAACCACCGAGAUGACUGCAUCGCGAACUCAGAGGGACAUCUGAUCUCUUCAGCUCUUAAAGCAAGUGGUCAUGGUCCUGCACAAGACACAUAUGAGGAGCAUGCCGUUAUCUCGGAUAUACCCUCAGCUCUUCAAAGCCAAAAUCGCUCAUCUGAUCCAUUUAAACAUCUUCUAUCUUCUGAUUCAUCACAGACUGUAAAGCAGAAUAAAAGUCACAGAAGGGAUGUUAAACAUCAAAGAACGUACACAGGGAAGAAGACAAUUUCAUGUUUAGAAUGUGGAAAAUGUUUUACUUGGAAAUCACAACUUAUUGAACAUCAACGAACUCACACAGCGGACACGCCAUUUUCAUGCCAAGAAUGUGGGAAAUGCUUCAAAAGAAAAGCACAUGUUGUUAAACAUCGGAGAAGUCACAAAGGGGCAAAGCCAUUUUCAUGUUCAAAAUGUGGAAAAUGUUUUACUUGUAGAUCAAAAUUUGUUGAACAUAAACAAACUCACAUACGAGAUACAUCUUUCCCAUGUUUUGAAUGUGGGAAAUGUUUUACUUGGAAAUCAAAACUUGUUGCACAUCAAAGAGUACACACAGGGGAGACUCCAUUUUCUUGCCAAGAAUGCGGGAAAAGAUUCAUAAGUAAAGGAAAUCUUGUUAAACAUCAGAUAACCCACACAGGGGUGAAGCCAUUUUCAUGUUCAGAAUGUGGAAAAGGUUUUACUAGGAAGUCAGAUUGUGUUGACCAUCAACGAACCCACACAGGGGAGACACCAUUUUCAUGUUCAGAAUGUGGGAAAUGUUUUGCUUCGAAAUCAAAACUUGUUGCACAUCAAAGAGCACACACAGGGGAGAUGCCAUUUUCAUGCCAAGAAUGUGGGAAAAGCUUCAUUAGAAAAUCACAUUUUGUUGAACAUCAGAGAAUACACACAGGGCAGAGGCCAUUUUCAUGCCAAGAUUGUGGGAAAUGCUUCAUAAGAAAAGCAACUCUUGUUAAACAUCAGAGAACUCACACAAGGGAGAAGCCAUUUUUGUGUUCAGAAUGUGGAAAAUGUUUUACUAAGAAGUCAGAUUGUGUUGACCAUCAACGAACUGACACAGGGGAGACACCAUUUUCAUGUUUAGAAUGUGGAAAAUGUUUUACUUGUAGAUCAAAAUUUGUUGAACAUAAACAAACUCACAUAGGAGAUAAAUCUUUCUCAUGUUCUGAAUGUGGGAAAUGUUUUACUUGUAAAUCACAACUUGUUGCACAUCAAAGAGCACACACAGGGGAGACGCCAUUUUCAUGCCAAGAAUGUGGGAAAAGCUUCAUGAGGAAAUCUCAUCUUGUUGAACAUCAGAGAAUACACACAGGACAGAAGCCAUUUUCAUGCCAAGAAUGUGGGAAAUGCUUCAUAAGAAAAGGGACUCUUGUUCAACAUCAGAUGACUCACACAGGGGAGAAGCCAUUUUCAUGUUUAGAAUGUGGAAAAUGUUUUACUAGGAAGUCAGAUUGUAUUUACCAUCAACGAACCCACACGGGGAGACACCAUUUUCAUGAACAGAAUGUGGGAAAUGCUUUUCACACAUAACAACACUAGUUGUACAUUGAAGAAUUCACAUAGAAGAAAAGCCAUUUUCAUGUUCAUAAAUGUGGGAAAUGUUUUACUUGGAAACCACAGGGGAGGCGCCAUUUUCAUGUCACGAAUUUUCAUGUUACGAAUGUGGAAAAUAUUUCCUAACCACUUCACAUCCGGGCCAUUUACCCCCUUCCUGACCGAGUCUAAUUUAGCAAAUCUGACAUGUGUCACUUUAUUUUGUAAUAAUUUUGGAACGCUUUUACUUA